CCGAUGGUCAUAUUUCAAGCUUGGGUGACCUGUGGUACGAGCGUGAAUUGAAUAUUUCUGUGGAUAAAGUUGUUUUAUCUUGUAAGAACGUUUGUGCCUACCAUUUACAUGGGCAAACCGGUCGGAUCAAGGAAAUGUUGAAUGAAUGAUCAUUGUGGCAAGAAAUGGAGAUUAAUAAAACGUAGAUUGUCUAUUCAUCGAUACCCUGAAUCUUAAAAUCCCAUUUUACCACGGCUUACAAGCGAUAAUGAGAUGCAGUCUCCCUUUGCAUCAGUGCGUGCUGCCGCUAUUGCAAUUCACUCAAUCAGUCAUGCUUUUUACCAUUGAUUAAUACGCAACGCAGUCUUGAUGAAUGAGAUUCUAUUUAUAUAUUGGACUAGCCUAUACUAAUUCCGUGUUCGAUAUUAAAGCGGCGAAGACAAUUUAAGGCAAGCAGUUAGGUUUGAGUCAGUCGAGGAGACGGAGGGUCUGAAGUUUUCGCAUGUGAGGUCUUAGUUUUCGUCGCACCCGAUAAGCAAGAUGGCAACAACCAACAGUGCUUUCAGAACAGAAACCAGAGAUGAGCAUCUUUACAAUCACAUAGAGUUGUUCAAUAGGUCGUCUUCUCCAAUUAAUGCUCCUGCAGCAAACCGUUACCAAAAUUGCAGAGAGCAACAACCGACAGAAAAUCAGAUCGCGACAGGUCGGCGUAUGUACAGUGAUUACAGAACAGAAUCCAACAAUGAACACCUUUACAAUAACAUUCAGUCAAUCAAUGAACCGUCUUCACCCGGCACCGAAAGCCAAGCAGCAUACCAAACUUCCCACUGUAGUUUUCGUCGCACCCAACGAAGUGUGGCAGCACUCAAUGCACUCAAUAGUGCUUUCAGAGCAGAAUCCAGCUAUGAAAAUCUUUAUGAUCAUAUAGAGUUAUCUAAUAUGCAGUCAUUACCCAGGUGUUUACCAAGCGGAGCCCCACCAGUAAACCAAGCUUACCAAGAGGAAGCAGUAUACCAGAACUACGAAGGGAAUAACAGACCAGUAGCAAGCAAUAGUGCUUUUAGAGCAGAACCCAACGAUGAACAUCUUUAUAAUCACAUAGAAUUAUCCAAUAGACAGCCUGUACCAAGCGGAUCCCCAGCGGCAAACCAAAUUUACCAAGAAGAAGCAGCAAACCAGAAUUACGAAGGGAAUAACAGACCA